UGAUGAUGACGAUUAUAAAUCGAUAUGUACCUAAAACGAUAAAAUAUUCCUGCUGAUAAAUAUAUACCAAGGAAUAAUAUUAUUCAUAAAUUAUAAUUUUAUCUGUGUAGUGCAUAGAGGAGGAACGCUUGUUGUUUGUCCAGCUUCUUUGUUGUCGCAAUGGGAGGGAGAGGUGAAUAAUCGUUGCAAGCGUUGAAUCCUAUCACUAAAGAUUUACCAUGGAAAUGAUCGAGAAACUGUUCCAAAACGACUAGCACAAAAUGAUAUGGUUAUAACCACUUAUCACCUACUUUCCAGAGAAUAUAAAACCCAUUCUGUACUUUUUAAGGCUGCUCCAGAAAAUUUAGUUUUACAAAAUGAUUCGGAGGGAUAUAACAACAGCUUUGUUUACGAAAAACUGGAUCUAAUUGGCUUUCCAUUGCAACGCUCAUUUAGCGAUGAGUGCCAAUUAAAUUCCUCUGUAAUAAUUCCAAAACGCCAAUGGAGAAAAGAAGAUAUUUUACCUAUAUCUAGGAUGCAGGCAUGUAUGUCAGUAAAUGAAUGCAUUGAAAAUUUGGAUAAAUGUUGGGCAAUUCCAAUUCUUUCCAUAUGUGAUGGACAAGAUAAUGAGAAAACAGUAUUAUUAGGAAUGUACAAUCAAUCGAAAUAGUUCGUUACUAUUCUAGCAUGAACUGCAAGGGCUUAAAAAAGUAAUUAAUGGGAUACCUAUACUAAUGCAGGAACAUGUUAAAUUAUCAGGUGUACAUGAACAUCAAGUAUGUUGUAUAAGAUAAUUAUUCAUAAAUUUUCUUUAUUUUCAAACAUUAUCUAGAAUAUAGGUAUGGACAUUUGGAAAAGUGUUUCAUCUUGACAUUAUUCUUUAUUAUUUAAGAUAAACGUAUCUGUUCUCAGUGUUUUUGAAUUAUUUAGAUCAAUAGCAGAAACUAUGGAUUGGAUUGAAUUUCCUAAAAGUAGUUUUGCAGGAUGCUUGUAUCUAGAAGCAAGAUCAACAAAUUUAUUAUUUUACGCUUCUUCAAGAAUAUCAUCAUGCAAUUUGGUAAAGAAUUUGGUUCCUGCAACGAAUAUGCAGGCAUUCCUUUUUAUAAAGAUAUGUGUUAUGAUGUUAUAGAUCAUGGAAAUAGUUGUAGUUAGAAUAAUGAAUGAAUUGUGGAAAGAAAUUAUACUACUCAAUCAAUAUUUGUCAAUACUUGAAACAUAUGAACAAAAGAUAACAAACUUGCAUCAGAAUACAGUACCUAUAAAGUUUCCCCAAGAUUUUAUUACUUCUUUUUAUAAGGUAAUUACUUAAAAUUUUGCUUUUUUCUUCAAAGGAAACAUUACAAAUACAAGUUUUACAUAGUGUCUUAAUUCAAUAAUAAAUAUUUAGCCUUGUGAAGAAAUAAUGAGAAAGAUUCAUGGACUUUCAAAUGGCGAUAGCACUUUACCUGAGUGUGGUGACGAUAUUGAUAUGCCAGCUAGCUAUUCCCAUUGCGCUGAAAAUGUUAAAGGAAAAUACAUUCUACAGAAAAUUUUGAUAACUGUUCAUUUUCGAAAAUAGAAAGAUUUUGUCAAUGCACUGUGGAGGAUUCUUUUUGGUCUAUGAGGAUUCUAAUGGAUAUAUUUGUUUUCUUAGUAUUAGGUAAUAAAUUUAAUCUUUACAUAUUUGAUGAGGUUGUGCCAGAUAUGAAGAAAUAACGAAUUCGUUUUGUAUGAUUUUUGAAAAAUUGCUAUCAGAGGGUUACGAACCCGAGGUACGUGAUUAUUUAGCUGAAGGAAAUUUAAUAAAAUUUACCUAAAACUUC